AUGGCACGUGUGGCAAGCCAGGCUGUGGGUCUCUGUGCCAUCUCCUCUCGGCCCUCUCCCUGCAGAGAGGAGACCAUCACCACCGUGGUGAAGAGUCCCCGUGGCUGCCUCCAGUCCCCCAGCAAGUCUCCCUCCCUCUCGCCUUCCCGCCACCCUGCCAGUCCACCCAGGUCAGGCAUGUCGUCCCCUGAGCUGCUGUACUCACCAGGGGCCAGCCAACUCCGCAGGCCAGUGGCAGAGCUAGGCUGGAGGCCCACUGUACCCAUGCUGUGUGUGACAGAGCCUGGAGCCCACAUGCCAGCCCUGCCCAGGGGCACUGGGCCCCUCCCCAAGUGGGUGGAGGUUGAGGAAACCAUCGAAGUCCAAGUGAAGAAAACAGGCCCAAGGGGUGCAUCUCCAGCUAGAGAGGUGCCUGGCAGCUUGGAGGGGCUUCUCUUCACACUGCCUGGCGGGACCCCUGAAGGAGACCCCAAUACAAACAACUCUAACAACAAGCUGCUGGCCCAGGAGCCCCUGAACCAAGGUAGAGUCUUCUGUGUGGACUCUGGGCUGGAGAUGCCUGAGCUGUCCCUUCUUGGGGCCACCGAAGAAGCCCCCUUGGAGGUGCAGGAGGGGAGAGGUGUCUGUCUGAUGGAGGAGACUCUGGGUGCUGAUGAUCUUCAGGGCUGUGACCCCAAGAUCCUCACAUAUGAUGGCCAAGUGCUGACGCUGGCUGACCUGGAGGAUUACAUGCCCCAAGAAGGGGAGAACUUUGGCUGCAGAAGUCCCAUGCCCAGUGCUUUUGAUGAUCCACCCUGUGAGGUCUCAGUGCUCCAGAGAGAGAUCAGUGAGCCCACUGUGGGAUGUCCUGUCCAGCUCAACGUGUGGUACCCACGGGGCCCCCGAGGCCCACCUGGCUUCUUCAGCUGCUUGCCCCAGGAGACGGCUCUGUCGAGGCCUCAAGUCUUUGGCCCUGCUGGUGUCUUCUGUGUGCAGGAGGCCCAGGCUAGGGGUGCCAUGUCAUGGAAGCCAUCCUUCUGCACUCAAGUCCAUCUCUCUGUGGACAGUGGCCAGAGCAGCUUCAAAACGGAGGUUUCCACCCAUACAGUUAACUUUGGGACAGUGGGUGAGACAGUGACUCUGCACAUUCAACCGGAUGGGGAUGAGGGUCCCAGCCCCUCCCAGGGCUGAGGCUGCAACCCUCAAGGGUACAGGAGGCUGGGGGUUGAGACAUUGACUCUCUCAGAGCCAGGAUACUGCUGAUAGGACUGCAUGGGGACAGCAGAAAGAGGGGUGUGGCCUUGAGACCUAGGACCCUGACUGGCACCAGCACCUACCUGCUUCACAGCUGCCUUGGGUUUUGGGCUCAGGACAGAGGCCUAAAGCCAGCACCUCAGGACAUGUGCUCUGAUUCUCCCCUUGCUUUCCAGCAACUUGGGGCUUCAGCUGCUUGUCCUUCCACCCAGGUGUUUCCUACCUCAUAGGGUGGGGGUCUUCAGCAGAGGACACUCUAUACACAGCUAUAACCCAGAUUACCAAGAGCUGUCGGGGAGCAACAGGUAGACUAAUUCUGGGCUGUGGCCUCCCCUCUGUUUGCUGUGGCACACCCCUGUCCCAUGCCUAGGCUGCCCCCACCUUAGUGGGGGCUUCCCUGAUAGCACAUCUUCCCCAUGGACACUUUUCUCAGCCUCCAGGAAGGCCCACUGGGGUGCUCUCUGCAGAUUUCCCAGGCCUUCCCUGUAGAGUGGGCCAGGGUGUGUGGGUAGGAAG